GAAUCCGACUUUUAACAACAAAUUUUCAAGUAUUUGGCCUGUGCCUACUCGGAACUCUGACGUCAGAGCCCAACUUUCCUCAACUGCAUGAAUCACGCCUGACCAAUAGGCUGAGCUUGUCAUACAUCCGACCAAUCAGAGACUUAAAUAAAUAUAUUCCUUAGUUCAUUCCCGAACAUUCCCAGCUCCCUCUUUCAUUCUUUAAUAUUCAGUUUACCAUGGCCAGCGAAGAUUUCGGCCAAUUUGGCCGACGCUCGGUCGAUCGUGAUGACUUUGACGACAUGCGAGAACAAAUGGCCAAAGAGAGAGAUAAGUUUUUUCGUGAUGUAAAUCCCAUGGAUUGGCAAAGAGAGGCUGGGGGACCUGGUAGACAGGGACAUUUCACCUUGCCUCGGAGUUCGUUCUCUGGGUUUCCGGGAGGAGGCCUCCGAUUCUCCGAGGUUGGCCGACCGCCAGCUCAGAGGCCGGUUGAGGACGACCUUCCCGAAGUUCGAGGUAGUUCUAGCAGGUGUACAGACUCCAUACCUAUCAAUGUUAUCCAUGAGAAAUCAGCUGACCCAUCUAAACACAGGUAUACAGCUGCAGGUCGGAAUACUACAGAGAUACCAACUCAGCACGCACAGACCGAGCACAGUCCGAGAUUGGAGCGUGCUCAUUCCGAACCUCCAAAUAAAUUCAACCAGAGGUUGAACCUAAAUCGACCAGUAUACUCGACUAUACCGGAGAACGGAGAGGGAUUAAACCAGUCUCAAGCUAAUCUAGGCUCAAGUCCCAGGCAAAAUAGCACAAUCAAAACGUCCGCCUCGGCUCCCAGUGUUCCAGAGUCAAGGGGGGCGCAGCCCGUCCCUCCGCCCAGAAAAUCUCCGCCCCGACCAAACAUGAACUCCGCCCCAAGCAACCCUGGUCCUAGGACCGCUGUUCCAACAGGGACAAAUGUGAGACAUAUUCCAAUAUUUGUUGAAGGAAGAGCGGAGCCGAUUUUUAAUUCCAACCUCUCAUCAAACCCAACCAAUAACGCGACAGAGAUGUCUUUCCCCAAACCCUCUGACUAUUAUCCUGCCGGAGUUCAAAGAAUUCGGAGCCGGGACGAAACAGAUAGUCCGGAUUUAUUUCAAGGACGACGAGUGCCUGUUGACGAGCCGACCACGCCCCAGGGCCCGCCUCCUGGACCAAUUCCCAUGGGCUAUCUACCCUCUGUGCACCCUGAGCCGCCGGUUGAACCAACAACUCCCCAGGGACCUCCACCAGGACCAAUACCUAUGGGAUAUCUGCCUACAAACCAAUCAGAAAACCCUCCAGCUGAAGUACAGUCUACUCAACCUUGUGAUUCUACACCCAACCAGAAUUCGGAGGAGUCCAGCCAUCCUACUCCAGUUCCUCCACCACCUCCGAUUAGAAACAAAGUUGCUCCAUCCUCCGAUCAUCAAGAAUGUCUUCCUGAAUCUCAACCAAGCUCGAAACCCCAGGAACCUGUAGCAAACUUUAUACCCAUUAAGGUAGAACAAGGACGGCCGACUAGUCCUACACCGAGCAGUCGUCCUUCUAGUGCAAACAGUCGUCCUUCUAGCCAGGAACUUCCCAAGGACGAACCAAAAACCACGGAGCCAAGAGAUCCAAAGAUCAGUAAACUUGAAACUAUAAACCUAGAUGUGGAAAAUCUCCGGGUUCGAAUUAGUAAUUACUCCGGGUCUCGGAAAAACAAGGAAUAUCUCUACCUGGAUGAUAUGUUAACAAAACUACUAAUCUCCCUGGACGGAAUAGAUGCGGAUGGGCGGAAUGAUAUAAAACAAAUGCGGAAAGAAUCUGUGAAGAAAGUUGAUGAUUAUUUAAAGUUGUUGGAUGAAAAAGCGUCGGAUUAAGUCUUCAACAAAAAAUGAUUUAGUGAUUAUUUAGUGAUGAAUUUCCCAAAAAAUAAAUACAAUUAUAAAAGUAAAAGGUUCAAAUUCGUUGGAAGAUCUUUACAAAACUAGGGAGUGAAACUUUAAAAAUAUAUAUUUUCAAAACAUAAUUUAAAUAAUGCAAGAUAUGUAAUAUGUAUUAUUGUACAUAUAAAUUAUAUUUAGUAUCAUUAUAGUGUACACUGUACAUUAAGUACUGUACAUAUAAAUGUAUUAAGCACAAUGUUUUUACAAAUAUUUGUGCAUAACGUGACUGUGAAAACAAUAUUUCACGCCAAAUUAUGCAAACUGCAAUAUCUGAAUUCUUUUCCGCAAAAUAUCGUUUAUCUAAAUUUAAAUCUUUGAUUUGCAACAUUAACCCCCUCCUCAUCCAUCCCAAGGGACCUGGAAACAAGUUCUCCAUUUUUUCAGAUUUAUUUUUAAGAUUAAAUGUAUGUACAGGAUUAUCCAGAAAUGAUGAGACUGUAGAGAGAACAUGAAACUCUUGAAAUAUAACGAUUUCGAGAUUAAAUUAAUUUUUAUGCUUUAUUUAUAGUCUUUUUAAAUCGUUUUAAUGAUUGUGCAAAGAAAAAAGUGUACUACAGUCGUCUCUGAGGUCUCAUUCUUUCUGGGUAGCCCUGUAUAUACAAAGAAAAUAUCUAAAAAAAAUUAAACAUUUUGAAAAAUAUUUUGUGUAUAAGAAAUUGAUGAGUUUGCAAGUUUUUUGUUGUUAAAUAUUAAAAAUUCUAUUAAUACUGUUAACAAUUCUCAAUAAUAAAUACAAAUUAACAUUG